AUGUUUAGAUAAGCUUUCAAAUUUGGUGGAAGAGCCUUCAUGAAAUUGGCUAAUAAGAAAGCCAUUUAAAUUGGUACUUCCUUAAUAGGUAUAGGUUUGUAUUAAAGAUAUAAUGUGAUGAACGAACAAAAAUAAAAUUUAUCAUCAAACGAUACAAAUGCAUAAAUGAAAAAUCAAAGCUAGCAAGAAAACAAAGUUAAGGUUGAAGAAGAUGCUAUUUAUUUAAAUAAACAAACUUACAUGUAAAAUUUGCUAGGAAAUAAGCAUGAAAAUUAUAUCUUAAUUGUGCAUGCAGAGGAUAAUUAUGAAGACACUAAUAAUUCAAUAAAGGCAGCUAAACACAUUAAAAAGAUUAUAAAAUAGCAAAGGGAUGAUUUGAAAUCUAAUGUUGAUAUAAAUGUCUAUGUUGUUUCACGCCCUACUUUGGAAGAAGUUAAAAAGUUGGCCAAUCGCGUCAUGGAUUUCAAAAUUUUUGAAAGAGAAGAAGAUCCCUAACCUAUCGAAGUAUACAUUAAAACAGUGCAUUCUAAUGAAUCAGUUUACAUUAAAUGGAGAAGAGAAUCCUUUUACUCUGAAUACAAAAGCAAUAAAUUUGUGAAAAAGCUCGAUAGAUACUUGAGUCUGUUUGAUCGCUUCUAAAAUACAAACAAUAUCGAUUAGCUUCAAUAGCAAGAAAAAAUAUUAGCAGAUAUACUACAAAAAUAAUAUAUAAAAAUGAAUGAGCCUGUUAUUAUCAAGUGUGCCUCUUUAAGUAAUUAGCAGAAUUCUGUUGCAGCCAAAUAGCAACACAAGGAACUAAAAUUCUUCAAAAAAUUAUGUUUCAUGUCAUUAGAAAGAAAACUCAUUCCUUUAAAAUCACGUUUUGUAAUUCUAGAAAAUAAAGAAAUUAUGCGUCAACUCAAUCUUGAAGAUGGAUAAAUCUACAUUUUAAGAAACGACAUGGUUUAAAAAUUAGAAAAUAGUAAAGAUAUUUCUGAAGUCAACGAUAAGAAAAAGAAAAUUGUUAUCAAUGAUGAAUUUAUGUAUCUCAAAAACGAAAGAAAUUUGAAUGGUAAAAAUGAAAAACUUUAAUAUUUUUCAAGCCUUCUAGAAAAUUACCAAGGCUAUAAGCAUUCUAACUAGCAACUCAUAAAAAGCAUAGAGACACUUUCAAAAGAAACUGGUAAGGCUUAAAAUGCACAAGAACUUGAAGAAAUGAAAGAAGAAGCUGCUUUUGUGAACUUCAUCAUGCCAAGAAUUACUUUCCUUAGAGACGCUAAAUUCGGCAGCAUAGGAAAACUCUUUAGAAAAAUAACAUUCUAAAAGGAAAAGCACGUGCUUUCAUUGAACUUACAGAAUGAUGAUAAAACUUACAACAAUUCAAGAAUUUUAACCUUUAAGAAAUUAUAUGAAUAAUAUAAAAAUGAAUUCACUUUCUUGCUAGUUGAUACUGACGAGCUCGUAGAUCUCUUCCCCCAUAUGGAGUCUAAUUAGCCUUAAUUUUCUGUCUUUAACUUUUUCAACAUUGAUAAAUCUCUUAGCAAAGUUGGCAAAUACUACAAGCAUCUUAUUUUCCCAUUUGAAAAAUACUUUUUAAGAGACUCAGAAAACUUUUAUGAGGAUUUUAGCACCUUGCAGAAAUAAGUUGAUCAAAUUCUUCUUUCUCAAGGAAAAUAAGAAUAUGUUGUUAAUUAGCAAGAUAUGAUCUAAAAUAUUAACUCAGAAACAUUAGAUCACUUGCUGUAAAAUUCAAUUCAUCCUUUCUUAGUCUAAAUAUUUGAUGAUUCCCCACAAAGCAGAUUAUCUCAACUCACUCUCAACUAACUUGAAUUGAAUAGACUUUCACAAGAACAAAACAGCCAAGAGACUACUUACUCAAAUAUUAAAUUUUAUCGUAUGAGCCAUUUAAAUUAACAUCCCUUUUUGAAAGGAAGAGACGAAUCAGACUAAAAAGGACCAUUAUACUUAUUAGUCGACCCAAGCACCAAAAGAGUUUAUUUAUCACCAAUCAAAGAAUAGUUUUCUAAAGUAAUCAGUAAUGACGAAGCAAUUUAAUUUUUACAGCAAUAUAAAAAAUCAGAUAAAGGAGCAGUAAAAUCUGAAGAAAAAGUAAAUAUCAAUAAAUAAUAAGCUGAUUAAAUAGAAAAUAAAACUAAUGAUUAAUUUGUAUUUAGCUAACCCUCCUAAGUAUAAAAGAAUAACAAUGAAAUUUUGAUGUAAGAAUAGAUUUAGAUAUAAUUAACUAAUUAAGCUUCUUAAUUAGCCUAGUAGCUUUAAAAUAAUUAAGUUUUGCAAAACAGAAUUUAAUUAGAGCAAGAUAAUAAUUAGAUUUAAUUAAAACCAAACAACCCCUAGGAUCAAAAUGAUAAGGAUGUGAUUACAUAGUAGGCUGGAUAACAUUUGUAAGAUUAAAAUCAAAUAGCAAUUAAUAAUUAGAUUAAUUAAUAAGAAAUCUAAAUUGAUAAUGAUAGUAAUAACAUAUAGACAUAAUAACAAUAGGAUUAAUAAAUAAAGUCAUUAGAACUGUAAUAAUUGACUAAAGCCGCUGAAACUACUCAAGACUAUAUUCAAAGCAAUGAAUUUUCUCAAACAAAUUAAGAUAAUUAAUAAAAUAACUCUACAGUAAACCAGUAAAAUACAAAUUAAAACCAAAAUGGAAACAUGAAUACAGAUAGUAACAACACUCAUGAAUCUUAAAACUUAAAUAGUUAAGAUGGAUAAAAUCAAUAAUGA